GUCUCGCUUUGAAAAGACGCCAUCUUGCUAAAAUAAAAAGAUCAAAUUUACAUAAAUUUUACUUUGUUUAAACUUUCCAGAUCAAGAACCAUGCCUGAUAAUAGAAUUUACGUAGGUAAUUUGCCCCCAGAUAUAAGAGCAAGGGACAUUGAAGAUUUAUUUUACAAGUUUGGAAAAAUCACAUUUGUUGAUCUGAAAACUAGGAGAGGACCGCCUUUCGCUUUUGUGGAAUUCGAAGAUCAUAGAGAUGCAGUUGAUGCGGUGAGAGACCGUGAUGGCUACAACUAUGAUGGCUACACUCUUCGAGUUGAAUUUCCGAGGGGAUCUGGACCUGGAGGACCUGGGGAUUUUGGUGGCUUCCGUGGAGGUGGAAGAGGUGGUGGAUAUGGUGGAGAUAGAGGGGGUUUCGGAGGGCGUGGUGGUGGUGGUGACCGUGGUGGUGGUGGUGGUGGGAGGGGAGGUCCUCCUUCCCGCAGAUCAGAAUACAGAGUUCUAGUUUCAGGUUUACCUCCAACUGGUAGCUGGCAAGAUUUGAAGGACCACAUGAGGGAGGCAGGGGAUGUUUGCUACGCAGAUGUUUACAAAGAUGGUACUGGUGUCUGCGAAUUCCUCCGGAAGGAAGACAUGAAGUAUGCCUGCAGGAAGCUGGAUGAUUCCAAAUUCAAAUCACACGAGGGCGAGACAUCAUAUGUCAGAGUAAAGGAGGACACAGGCAGUCGUGGAGGCGGCGGUGGUGGUGGUGGUGGUGGCAGCUACGGCCGGUCUCGGAGCAGGAGUCCAACACCUGGAAGACGCACACGGGGCUCGCCAAGAUACUCGCCCAUGAGAUCAAGAUCACGCUCACCUUACUAAUCACAAUAUCAGACCUUUCAAGACCAUAUUUCAUUUCCUUGCGUAUUAAAAAUCCAAUUUUUAUUACAAAGUAUUUUGAUGAUCAUGUUGUGUAACGUUUAUAAUGUAUUUUUCUACUGUUGUGAAAGCCCAGUUUAGUGGCAACCAAACAGUCUUUACACAGAUAAUAUUGGAUGUAAUAUUUCAUUGUAAAUGUACUCUGAGCCUGGUCUUAAUCUGGCUAUUAAGUGCAAUGACAAAUGUGACUUAAUUAUCAUCCUAAUCAUUGACUGGAAAGCGAAUGGUAUGCUGUGAAGAGCAUCAAAAUAGUAUAAAUGUGGAUGUGUUUGUAUUGUUCAAUUAACAUUUUCAAUAUCACAGAUAGCAGAUAAUAUCUUGCUUUAUGAUGUAAUUUUGUACUCUAUAUAGUAUUCAGAGCCUUGAUUGUCAUUAAAUCUUUGUCAUAUGAUGUAAAUUUUCUUUCACAACUUAACAUUACUUGUUGACUCGAUGCUUCUUAUUACUUCUUUUAGAAGUUCUGUUUUAAUAACGUUUAUUAUUUACAUUAUAAAGGGCACAUGGAUCAGGCCUUAGGAUCCACAGGAGCCCACGCAUAAGGAUGGGAUCUCCAAAGGGAUUAAGAAAUUUUGGAUUUAACUGGAUCUCCUACUUUCAUAUUUGGAUUUUGGAAUGGAUUAUUUGGCCUUGGAUAUGGAGGGUAGUACUAAGAUUUAAACACUUGGACCUUCUGAUGGAUCCCUUGGAAAUAUAAGCUGAGGAUUUAAAAUCUAAAUUUGGACCUCGGAUAUUAAUGACUUUCAUGAUAAGUAUGCCUUAACUUAAUGAUUAGGAAACACGCCCCAGAAAUGAUUAUUUUUGGAUAUGACCAGGAUAGGAAUAAUUUUGGAUAUGACCAGGAUAAGAUUUGAGGAUAACGAUCAAAUGGAGCUCCAGGAAGGAAUAACUGUUCCUGGAAUUCUUAGGAUUUCCAGUAGCUGCACAUAGGAUAAGGAAUAAAUAGGAUAAGAUUACACAAGAUUGGAAAAAUAUACCCUUAUCAUCACAUGGUCAGGAUGGAAAUGGGAUUUUUUUUGGAUUGUUCUGUAAUGGAAAAAUAUUUGUUUCAAAAAUGCAUGUAUCCUUAGCAUCUGGCAAGUAAUUAAAAGAUUGGGACUCAUGGAUUUUAUUUUAAGGAUAUAAUUCCAAAGACUACCCUUGGAUCUAACAGGAUUUAAGGAUACAAAUUCUUUGGAUAUAUAGGGGGAUGAGUGAUUGUUUCUGUAAAAAAAUACUGUAAGAAAAGAAAUAAUGAUGGAUGGAAAUCCUAGUUUUCUUAGGACUGAAUCAUUUCCCCUUUAACUUUUGUUCUGGAUCUUGGCCAAGGAUCUAAUGGAUAUUAAUUCAAAUUCAUGCUCUUUACCAUGAGUACUCGACUUCCCCAAAAUUCAACUUCGACAAGAAUUCCAACAUUUUUUAUUUGAUUUUGGGGAACACGGGUACUGGUAAAGGUAUGGAGUUUUCAGCUUGGAAAUGGAAAUCUCUGGAAUUGUAAAACUAGGAUUAGGACUAGAGGAGAAAAUUGGAGCUGUCUUUUAUCUUGUCAUGGUCAAGGCAGGAAUUGCUCCACAUAAAGUCUGGUGACCAUCGUAAGUAUUUGUCUGAAAUUCAGUGAAACAUUCCCUGUGUUUGUUCUUCGUAGUUUUUUUCCUCCAUACCAUAAUGAUUUUACUGUUACUUGCAUUCUUGUUACUUGUAGAUACCCCUGGUUUUGUAAAAUGAUUUUAACAACUAACAGCGAUGAGACUAUGUGUCUAACCCAUUAGUUUUAACAUCACACAUUUCUGUUUCAUUGAUCAUCCUAUUUCAUUCUGUGUAUCAACUCAUUAUUCUUCGUGCAGAAGCAAAAUAAAGUCUAAACUAAAA